UUCCAUCUUGCUGUAACUCACCACUCCUCCCACAUGUAAAUCACUCCAAAUACUAAAUUACAAAAACAGAAACUUCUCCUCCAUCCAAUUAUUCCCACAGUAAACCAAGCCUUGCCCAAAACCCAACCAAAUAAAUCCCUCACUCCCCACAACACACUCCCAUCCGAACACAUUCAGAAAACACACCAUGUUCACAGUCCUACUUCUCCUCGCACUGCUUCUAACCACCUCCACUUCUCACAACCUGUCAUACCCUCAUUUCCAACAACUCAACGUCAGACAAACCCUCUCACAAACCAAACUCACCCCAACCCAACACACUGACACCCAACAAUCACCAACAAAAUGGAAACUAAAACUCCUCCACAGAGACAAAGUCCCCACCUUUAACACCUCCCACGACCACCCAACCCGAUUCAAUGCCCGGAUGAGCCGAGACGCCAGAAGGGUCGCCGGCCUCCUCCGCCGCCUCGCCGCCGGAAACUCCACAUACCUCCCGGAAGCAUUCGGUUCGGACGUGGUCUCAGGCAUGGACCAAGGAAGCGGAGAGUACUUCGUUCGAAUCGGAGUUGGAAGCCCACCUCGAAACCAAUACGUGGUGAUGGACUCAGGCAGCGACAUUAUAUGGGUCCAAUGCCAACCCUGCACCCAAUGCUACCACCAAUCCGACCCCGUUUUCAACCCCGCCGACUCCUCCUCCUACGCCGGCGUCCCCUGCGCCUCCGCCGUCUGCACCCAUGUCGACAACGCCGCCUGCCACGACGGCCGCUGCCGCUACGAGGUCUCCUACGGCGACGGCUCCUUCACCAAGGGCACCCUCGCCCUCGAGACUCUCACCAUCGGCAAAACCCUAAUCCGUAACGUCGCCAUCGGCUGCGGCCACCGCAACCAGGGCAUGUUCGUCGGCGCCGCGGGCCUCCUGGGCCUCGGAGGCGGGCCCCUAUCCUUCGUGGGCCAGCUCGGCGGCCAGACCGGCGGGGCCUUCACUUAUUGUUUAGUCAGCCGCGGAGCCCAAGCCCAAGCCCAAUCCUCCGGCUCGCUUCAAUUCGGCCGCGAAGCCAUGCCCGUGGGCGCCGCUUGGGUUCCACUUAUCCACAACCCGCGGGCCCCCACCUUUUACUACAUUGGGCUUUCGGGCCUCGGAGUCGGGGGCCUGCGGGUGCCCAUUUCCGAAGACGUUUUUAAACUGACUGAUUUCGGCGACGGCGGGGUCGUCAUGGACACCGGCACCGCCGUGCCGCCGCUUCCCGCGGCGGCGUACGACGCAUUCCGCGACGCUUUUGUCGCGCAAACCACGAACCUGCCCCGCGCUUCGGGAGUGUCGAUUUUCGACACGUGUUAUGAUUUAUUCGGGUUUGUUUCGGUUCGGGUUCCGACGGUGUCGUUUUACUUCUCGGGUGGGCCAAUUUUGACCCUACCCGCGAGAAACUUUUUGAUACCAGUUGAUGACGUGGGAACUUUUUGCUUUGCAUUUGCUCCUUCUGGUUCUCAGCUUUCCAUCAUAGGGAACAUUCAGCAAGAAGGGAUUCAAAUUUCGGUGGAUGGAGCUAAUGGGUUUGUGGGAUUUGGACCCGACGUUUGUUAAAUAAAUGAUUUUUGCUAGUCUUAGUCUCAUGUCACAUAUUGUAUUAUAUUAUAAUAUAUAGAUCACGUUAACGUAUAAAAGAAAUAAUAACUAUUAGGUGGUCGUGCAUGUGGUGAUUAACUACUAUAAUUUGUAUCAUUCGGGUUUUGAUAGCUAAAAGUAUGUGUAAAACAAGUUCUUGUGGAACUAGAAUUUUAUAAUGCAAAAGUAGUGGCUCUAUUAAUAUA